GCCCGAGGAUGUUUAGCCUCUGCGGGCAUCCGUAGUUGCGAGUGCGCCGCCGGUUCCUGCCCGGGUAACCUGCUGUUUCCCCUCACGGCGCGCUCGCUGCGAGGACGCUAUGAGCGAAAAGGGGGAGCUGGACCUGGCCGGGGCCAAGCAGAACACGGGCAUGUGGCUCGUCAAGGUUCCAAAAUACUUAUCACAACAGUGGAAUAAAGCUUCAGGAAGAGGUGAAGUUGGGAAGCUAAGAAUUGCCAAGAAUCAAGGAAGAACAGAAGUAUCUUUCACUUUGAAUGAAGAUCUUGCCAACAUUGGUGAUAUUGGUGGGAAGCCAACUUCCAUCAGUGCACCCAGAGAACACCCUUUUCUCUUACAAAGUGUUGGAGGACAGAUGUUAACCGUGUUUACAGAGAGUUCAUUGGAAAGUCAGACAGAUGAAAAAUCUGAAAUCAGCAACAGUGAAAAACUGUCUUUGGAAGGAAUAGUAGUCCAGCGUGCAGAGUGCAGACCUGCAGCCAAUGAAAAUUACAUGAAGUUGAAAAGGCUUCAGAUUGAAGAAUCUUCUAAACCUGUAAGCUGGACUAUGCAGCUGGACAAAGCUGUAACCACUAACUACAAACCUGUGGCUAAUCAUCAAUAUAAUAUUGAGUAUGAAAAGAAGAAAAAGGAAGAUGGAAAGAGGGCUCGGGCUGAAAAGCAGCAAGUACUGGACAUGCUUUUUUCAGCCUUUGAAAAACACCAGUAUUACAACAUUAAGGACUUGGUGGACAUAACUAAGCAGCCAGUGAGCUACUUGAAAGAAAUUUUAAGAGAAAUAGGCAUCUACAACGUUAAGGGAACACACAAAAACACUUGGGAACUUAAGCCAGAAUACAGGCAUUACCAAGGAGAAGAUAAGAGUGAUUAGCACAAUUGUUAAGCCAGCAAGAAAGUUGUCAAUUGUGGGAGCAAGAAGAGUUGCUGAACUGUUCACCCUUAAAAUACUAAGUGUUAAUAAUUUUUUAAGAAGUCUAGCUUCAUUAAAAAAGAUUCUGCAAGAAACAUGUUUUGGUUCUGCAAACAUAUUAUUUAAAGAAUAAACAUGCAUUAGGUUUCUUUGUAAUAAUUGGCCUUUUAUCAUUUUUAUUUUUUUACGUUUUGUAAAAAUAUAACAAUGUUAGUAAGGACUGGUAUUAUUUAUUGCAGAGAUGUGUUUAUUUCAGUACUAAAAUCCUGUGUGGUCCUGACCAUAUUAUGGGUUGCUGUCCAACUUUUUGAAUUAUGCCUUAUUAAGAAAUAGAAGUGGAACAUAGUUUGAAUAGCUUCUGAAAUGAUGGGAAGAGGAAAUUAAUACAAAACGAAAGCAUUUAAAUACAGUAAGUAAAAAUAUGACUUCUUUGUAUUAAAAUUAUUUUGUUUCUGUAUUAAUAAAAGCAGUUUCUAAUUUGUACAAACACAAAAUGCUUGUUCUGCUUUUAGAUUUAAAACAUUCAUGGUGGCUUUAGGCCACAAGGGUCAGCUGAUCAGUAUUCUUCAUGACCAGCCAUUCUAGAAAUUAGGAAGGGGCAGGUGCUGCUAAGCAUUACUCAGUUCCUGAGUUCAUAUAUUUGUUCAAGUUAUCUAGGUCUGCGGAACCUUCAAAAUCAAGCACUUUUUCAGUAGUGCAAACGUUCUUUUUACAAAAAGUAGGAGCCAAGAAGACCUUCCUUAAGAACCAGUUUAGGAGGUAAGAGAUUUCACUGACUGAGCAGAUGAGCCGAGGGAUUUUUCAUUUAAUUUUUUUCUUUGAGCAGCUGCAGAUUGAAACUACAGAAGGAAGAGUUGGAGGGCAACUAACUCCUGUUCUUACCAGUGCACAUGAGAGCAAGGGAAGAAGCCAAGCAUGUGCCCUCUUCAGUAACCUGGGACAAGAGACCAAUGCACUUUAUCCUAGGUCACACCUCACCUUGGUUUGCAUAAAUCAGCUGAAUUUAUGCUGUUAAGCUAAAUUUGAUUGCCAGCUGUAUUUGCACACCAAGGUGCUGUUACAAACAUGCCCACAUUGCUGUCGUGGCUCAGGCUUUUGGAGACAGGUUAAAAACCUUGUGCUUAUCUUCAUAGUCUACUGUUGUACCUGCAAUCAAGGUUGUUGUUAGUGUAUGUAGAUAUUUAAAAUUUGGUCAGCUGCCUUGAGUAUCUUUUGUAGAAAAGAUACUUUGAGCAUUUGUUACCUUGGGAACUGAAUUGUUUAGGGUACUGCACAAAAACUAAAGAUGGUGGCAAUUGAUAAAAUUUAUGAUCUUCUAUACCAAACCUAAGCAGCAUGCAAAAUGUGUGUGCAGAGGCUCAUAAAUGUGGAUGACAAAUAUGAAUCAACUGCAAAGAUGGGAAAAGAAAAGCAGGAAAACCCUAGCCAAGGCUGUAUCUGAAAUACUGAGAUUAAGAUCACUGUUCAGGUAUGGAGUCUGGAGUAGCUUCAAUGAAAGGCUGAUUUCUGUAAUAGUAGUUUCUCUCCGCCCCCCACACCAUGGGCCUCAGAACAAACUUUUUUCACAUGAACCCAAGGUGUUGAAGAGUGGUAUAGUUAUGUAAUAACUAAAACAAAAAUACUUUAGCAGGCCAUUGCUACAUCUAGUUCAAUUCUGUCAUUUCUGCUUGAAUGGCAAAAUGUCUGCACUUUUGCUGUGCGUUUUUGGGUACACUCUGUGUAAAUUACGUUACCAUCAGAGCUAAAGCUAAUGGCUACCAUCCGGUUUUGUAGCCAGAGUAUGAUGGCAGGAUGAUUUUACUGUUGAAAAUUUUUUAUUUAGCCUAUCCAGUGCACAAAUGCAGCAGACUCUGGGCUGAGGGCAAACAUAUUGUACCUCUGCACUGCCCCCUUCUCUUGUAGAUAAUCCAAAUUCUGUAGGCUUAACACAAAAAUGAGUUACUGGCAGACAUGAGUGAACUUCAUUUGCAACAAAUCCACAUACCACAAACUAGUAUGGUAGCAGUUUGCUUUUCUGUUGCACCAGCCACAGCUUUUUAAAUAAUGGUCUUGCUUCACUCUUGACACCUUACGGUUACCUUCCAACACAGCUGAAAUAGGCAUACAAUCACACAACCCAGAACAAGGAAUUUAAACAUUCACUUACAUUUUGAACUACCUGAAACUUGUUAAUGAGAGGGAGAAAGCCAUUUCCUGCAAUAUAGUGGGGGUUGCCCACAGGAUGUUCAUAUAAAUUUCUGGAAAACAUGUGACAUAUCUGCCAUCUCUUCCCCAAGCUAGUGUAGCCAAGGCCAGUGAAAUAAGCCCAUACUAUACUCCCCCUUCAAAGAUGAGUAGCUUCCAGCUUUCCACAGCAAUGUGCAUAUUGAAGUAAACUGUGACUCCCACCUGUGCCACUGCUCAUUUUAGGCCAUGUGUGGGAAAUGGAGAUUUUGGGAGAACAUUGUGGAGAAAUUAUUAUACUUCAAGUAACAGCCCCCAAAACUUGUGCUAUUGCAAAGCUCCCCUCUUGCAGCCAAUUCUCACAUGUUAAGGCAGCUAAAUUAAGAGUUAAGUUUGAUCCUGGGUGCACUAAAUGUGUAAAUUUUGUACUUUGGGCCUUAUGAGAUGUGAAUGUGUCACUAGUAAAGUGCAUGGCUUCCUGAAAUUUUUCAAGGUAGUAUGAAAGGCAUUCUUGUAAUCAUAGUAGCAAUUUAUAUAUUUAUUUUUUAAAAAGGAUGACCAGAGCUAGUUCUAUGCCUAUAUAACACAGUGGCCCACUACUGUAUUAGCAAAGGCAAUACAGUAUAGGAAAGUUUCAGAU